CUCAACGAAGAAGUGUUACCAUCAGCUCACUAUGCUUUAUAUCUGGAUAUGCAUGUUCCUGGGGCUUACAGCUGCUGCCCCUUGGUCUGAUGACGAUAAGAUCAUUAAUGGUUAUGAGUGUGCCCCAAUUCCCAACCUUGGCAGGUUUAUUUCACCACUCGUGGAGGACAAUGGUGUGGUGGCUCCCUGAUCACAUCACGGUGGAUCAUAUCUGCAGCUCAUUGCUAUCAGCCGCCCCGGGACCUGAUUGCUCACCUUGGGGAACAUGAUGUUAGUAAACAAGAAGGAACAGAACAACGUAUCCAGGUGGAAAAGGCUAUAAUGUACUCCGACUAUAACGAAAAAACCUUCGAUUAUGAUUUCAUGUUGGUCAAACUAGCCGAGCCUGCCCAGUUCAAUAAGUACGUUCAACCCAUCCCACUAGCCACAUCCUGUCCAACAGUAGGAAGCCAAUGCCUGGUGUCAGGCUGGGGAAACAUGAGGAUCAUUGGAGUACAAUAUGCCACAAGAUUACAGUGUCUCGAUCUCCCUGUUUUGUCGGACUCCAGCUGUAGAUCUUCUUAUCCAGACAUGAUCACUUCAAAUAUGUUUUGUGCUGGUUACCUAGAA